AUGGGUUGUGCAUAAGGAAAGCAAAAAUAGAAAGCAGCUAAAUUUUAGUAUGAAAUUUAUGAGAGAGCCUAACCAUAUGGAAUAUAAGAAGAGAAAAGAUAUGAUAUUCAAAAAAAUCCUAUCGUUUAACGAAGAGUUAAAAGUCAUUCACAAACUCCUGAUUAAUAAAAUAGAACCAAGCAAUAUUCUGAUUUACUUCCAAGUUCUAAACCUUAAUUUUGA